AUGGAAGAACAAAACGAUAAAGAAAGACAACUCACAAUGGAUGAGAUUGUGACUGCAAUGUAUAACGACGCGUGUUAUCUUGAUGAUAGACAACUCGGAAAAGAAAAGGGAGAAUUGAUGAGUGUAUGUGAUCAAAUUGAACACGCCAUUUCUUCACAGGCAAAAAUCCCACAAGAAAAAAGUCAUGGAGACAAACUGUCACAAGCAGAAGCCGAGUUACGACGUUUAAAAACUCAAUUUGAAAACACACAAACAAAUUACACAAAAACGAAACUUGCAUAUGAUCGUCUCCAAUCAGAAAUUAAUAUCUACAAAGUAACAGACACACAAAAAUCAUCCGAAGUUUCAAACAUACGCAAAUUAAAAAUUGAGAAUAAUUUACUCAAAGAAGAGCAACGAAGUUUAUAUGAAGAACAAGUGAGGUAUUUAUAUUCGCACACAAAAUAA